AUGAAGUUCCAGGCGCAGGUGCAGGAUGGCGGCAAGCAUGUCCGCCUCGGCUACUUCGACACCGCCGAAGAGGCGGCCACCGCCUACGCUCGCUCAGAGUACGGCCGCGCCGACGCCGCAAAGCUGCUACAGCCCCGCGCUACUACCACUGCCGCUGGCGCCGCGGCGAUACUGCAGGCGGCGAGGGAGGGCCUCACCCUCACCGCCAGCAGCAGCAGCAACAGCGGCUACAGGGGAGUGACCUUCAAGCCGAAGAAGAAAGGCAGCAAGAAGUACGAGCUGACAGUGAGGUUUGGCGGCCGGCAGAACUUCCUCGGCCUCUUCGCCACCGCCGAGCAGGCGGCGCUCUUCUACGCCCGCAGGGAGGCGGGCAGGGACACCAGCGAUCUCACCGCGCCGCCGCCACCGCCGCCGCCACCUGAGCCUUCCUCUGCUGCCGGCGCCGAGGCGGUCCGGCAGGCGGAGAGGGAGGGCCUCACCCUUGUCACCAGUAGCAGCAGCAACAGCGGCUACAGGGGAGUGGUCUUCUGCCCGAAGAAGCGAAGCAGCAAGAAGUACCAGCUGCGGGUGACGGUUGGCGGCAAGAAAGUCUUCCUCGGCAGCUUCGCCACCGCCGAGCAGGCGGCGCUCUUCUACGCCCGCAGGGAGGCGGGCAGGGACACCAGCGAUCUCACCGCGCCGCCGCCACCGCCGCCGCCACCUGAGCCUUCCUCUGCUGCCGGCGCCGAGGCGGUCCGGCAAGUGGGGAGAUAGGUCGGAGAUGGAGGUGGAGGCGGCUGCCGCAGUUGCGGGCGUGACCGCGGCUGCAGCUGCUGCUGAGCAGGCCCUCCAGUGUCGGCGUCGCGUAUGCUUAGUUAGCGAGAGAGCGAGUUCCGAGUGAUACCCUAGGUGAUACCUGACGACGAGAGCCCUUGCCCUGCUGCGCGCUGCCGCUGUCGCGCUUUCCGCCUAGAGAAGAGUCCUUACCUUUGGAUCCCUUGGAUUGAGCCC